CUGUCUCCUAGUGAUACCUCCUCCUUUACGGCAAACGGAACAUGGCGGAGGGUGAGAAAUCUCUUGACGGACUGGAGCUCAGCAAGGAAUGGCUGGAGGCGGCAGACAGCAGGGCGGAGCUGCUUUGCUACCUCAAGGAGCAGGUUCCACAGAUCUUCUGUCUGAAAACGGAGCCCAACCCUCAGGAGGAAGAGGAGCUCAUGCAGCGACGACUCCUCCAUCCUCUGGAGUGUUGCCUGUUUGGAGAGGAUCCUCAGGAGGGUCUGGAGAAGCUCAAACAGGGCUGCACUUCCUCCCAGCUCUGUGGACGUGUCUUCAAAGAGGGAGAGACUGUCUACUCCUGCAGGGAUUGUGCAAUAGAUCCCACUUGUGUCCUGUGCAUGAACUGCUUCCAGGAUAGCGUGCACAAAAGCCAUCGUUACAAGAUGCACGCGUCAGCAGGCGGGGGCUUCUGUGAUUGUGGAGACGUAGAAGCCUGGAAGAUCGGUCCCUGUUGCUCCAAACACGACCCAGGGGCAGCCAGUGCCAUGGUAACGGAUGAGUGUUUGUUGGAGCCAGGCUUGUAUGAGCGUGCUGAGAAGCUCUUCCGGGGACUGCUGCACUACGUCACAGAUUUCCUGGUGUGGGAGGAGAACUCAGAGCUGUCUGCUGAACUCCAGCCUCGGACAAAAGACAAUGCCUACUAUUGUGUACUGUACAAUGAUGAGCACCACUCGUACGACCAUGUGAUCUACACCCUGCAGCGCUCUGUUAACUGUAAUGAGGCUGAAGCACAGACGCACACGGCACUUAUUGACAAGGAGGGUCGGCGAGCAGUGAAGAGAGGAACCCUUCGUUCUUGCCAGCAAGCCAAGGAACUCAUCAGGUCCAACUCCGAGCACAUUUCCCUGCAGCCUCUGCGUGUGGAAAUCCUUCACGCAGCAGUAAUGGCUCAUCAAACUUUUGCCCUGCGCCUCGGGUCCUGGUUCCAAAAGAUCAUCAGUUACUCAGUGGGCUUCAGGCAGGCCUUCUGUCAGGUGGCGCUUGAGUGCAACACAGGCAGCGACCAGCCUUGCCUCAUCAGCAGGCUCAUGCUGCACGAUGCCAAGAUGUUCAAAGGAGCCCGCAAGAUAGUACAUGAACUUAUCUUCUGUACCAUGCUAAUGGACACUGAGUUCAAGAGGCUUUUUGCAAUUGAGUUCACAAAGCACUUUAAGCAGCUGCAAAAGGACUUUAUAAAUGAUGACCAUGAAAGGAGUAUAUCGAUCACUGCUUUGUCUGUUCAGAUAUUCACUGUGCCCACACUGGCCAGACAGCUCAUCGAGGAGGUCAAUGUCAUUAAAGUGAUAGUUGAUACAGUCAUGGAAUUGUUGCGUGAACAUCUGGAUGUCAACAAUCGCUUCUUCUUCCUUGGCUACAACUCAGACAAAUUCUCGCGCAUCCAGGUCGUCUUCCACGACCUCAGGUAUAUUCUGAUCAGUAAACCCUCAGUAUGGACUGAAGAGCUGCGAACGCAGUUCAUGGAGGGAUUCAGAGUCUUUCUUGGGCUUCUCAAAUGCAUGCAGGGCAUGGAGGAAGUGAAGCGCCAGUUUGGCCAACACAUUGCAGUCGAGCCAGAAUGGGAAGCUGGCUUUUCUCUUCAGAUCCAGCUCCGCCACAUUCUUGCUAUGUUUCAAGACUGGUGUUCCUCUGAUGAUGAUAUCAUGCUGCUUGCGUUUAAAGAGUGCCACAGAGUUUUGAUGCAGUGCAAUAACCAGCCUUUCCAGAGAGAAGCUACUGACUACUACAUGUGCAAGUACAUCCUCCAUGUUCGUCCGUACAAAGUUUCUCAGCAGCCUGUCAGCAUACAUCUGCCCAUCUCCAGGCUCCUGGCUGGACUGUAUGUACUUCUGUGCAGAAUGGGGGCCAUUGAACGUCUGGAUGAUGCUCAGAGCUUGGACCUCACUCAGCUGGCAGAGUAUCCUCUGCGCUGUUUGGUGCUGGCUGCACAGGUCUCAUCUGAAAUGUGGAGGAGAAAUGGGCUCUCACUGGUCAGCCAGGUCUACUACUAUCAGGAUGUAAAAUGCAGGGACGAGAUGUAUGAUAAGGACAUUCUCAUGCUUCAGAUAGCUGCUUCCAAAAUGGACCCCAACCACUUCCUCAUGCUGGUCUUGUUGAGAUUUGAGCUCUUUGAUUACUUUAAUGGCAGUUGUUCAAGCAAAGACCAGGAUGAACUGAUACAGUGGAAUCGACUGACUGAAGAGAUGCUGUACCUCCUCAUCGUCAUCAUUGGUGAGCGCUAUGUCCCUGGUAUCAGUCAGGUAACCAAAGAGGAUGUGACAAUGAGAGAGGUUAUCCAUCUGCUGUGCAUUGAGCCCAUGGCUCAUAGUAGCCUGGUGAAGGGUCUGCCAGAGAACGAGUGCCAUGAAACAGGCCUGGAGACUGUAAUUACCAAAGUUGCCACCUUCAAAAAACCCGGAGUCUCAGGACAUGGAUUGUAUGAAGUAAAAAAGGAGCGUCUGGCAGAAUUCAACCCUUUCUUCUACCAUUACUCAAGAUCUCAGCACAGCAAGGCUGAAGAGUCUCAGAAGAAGAGGAGGACUCAGGAGGGCAAUGAUAAAGCUCUGCGUCCUCCGGUGCCCCCUGCCUUCUGCCCACCUUUCUCCAGCAUUGUGCGUCUCCUCUGCUGUGACAUCAUCAUCCACAUCCUGAGAUGUGUCCUGCAGAGAGCUGCAGAGGACCGGACCACUCAUUGGACAGAAGCUAUGAUCCAGAGGGCCCUGCACUUGAUAGGCCAGGCACUGCUUGAAGAGAAGACACAGCUUGAGGAUAACACUGUAGAGGAAGUGACCUUUGAUUUCAGCCUCAAGGCCCGCAAAAUCGGCUCAGAACAUGGCAAGUCAUUGUUCCUCCUGUUGUCCAAGGUUAAGGCUGUUCCUUCCCUUGAAGCUCAGAAAGACAUGGUUAAAUGGGUUCUACAGAUGUUUGAGAUUGUAAAGUGCCUUAGAGAGAAAUCCAGUCCAACGUCCUCCAUGACCAUGGAGGCAACCAAACCUGAAGAGAGUGCUCAGGACAAAGAGAAAGCUGAACGCAAAAGGAAGGCAGAGGCAGCCAAACUCCACCGGCAGAAGAUUAUGGCCCAGAUGUCAGCAAUGCAGAAAAAUUUCAUUGAGUCAAACAAGAUGCUGUAUGACAACAUGCCAGAGAGUGGAACACAGGGAGAGACUGUUUCUGCUGCUGAAAGCUGUGCCAUGGAGCAGAUGAAGCUGUGUGUAGCUAUCGGGCCCCACAGAGGGUCCACUCCAGCCGAGAGGGAGGUGCUCACUUGCAUUCUUUGCCAGGAAGAACAGGAAGUUGCAGCCCAGGCUCAAGCCAUGGUACUGACUGCUUGUGUCCAGAGGUCCACUGUGUUGACACAGUGCAGAGGAAAGAUACCGACGAGCAGCGCAGAUGGGACAGGGACAACAUAUCCCCUCUUCAUGGCCCCUGAACUGGCAGUUGGGACCCACACUGGCAGCUGUGGACAUGUCAUGCAUGCCACAUGUUGGCAGAAAUAUUUUGAGGCUGUUCAGAAUACAACCAGGAACCGACUCCAGGCCGAGCUGAUCAUCGACCUGGAAAAUGGAGAGUACUUGUGUCCCCUGUGCAAGUCCCUGUGCAAUACUGUUGUCCCCCUCAUCCCGUUGGAGUCCCUGACAUUUAACUACAGUGAAAAUGCAGAGAUAAUUGGGCAACAUUUGACGCUGCCUCGUUGGAUCCAGAUUCUCACUGCCAGGAUUAAAGGACUCAAGUCAGUCGCUGAGGAUAACGAUUGCAACACAGAGGGCAGCAGUGUUGAUGGGGACGUGGGGCUGUGUGGAGAGGGCCAACCAGACUUUAGAUCCAUUUUGAGUUAUGGAGUACAAGAACCGAGGAAGUUCUCAGACAGCAUAGUGGAGAUGCUUGUUGUUUGCGCCACCACAGUCCACAGGGUGGGGCUGCAGACGGCACCCAAUGAGCUGUGCCCACAUGUCCCACUAAUGGCUUGGAACACGUGUGCCUUCACUAUUCAGGCCAUAGAAAACAUAUUGCAGGAAGAGGAAAAGCCACUCUUCGGGUCCUUACAAAACAGACAGCUUGCAGGUCUGAAGGCAAUUGUUCAGUUUUCAGCAACUCAGAGACUUAAGAGCUCCCAGGCUGUCAUUCAGAGGCAUUUCACCGACCUGUUGGGAGUCCUGCUGCCGAUAGUGAGCAGAAAGAACACCCCUUCUCUUCUGGAGGUGGACUUCUUCCAUCUCCUGGUGGGGUUGGUGUUAUCUGUACCUUCAUUGUAUCAGGAGGAGGCUGUAGAUUUACAGCCGUCUGCUGUCAGCUCUGCCUACAACCACCUGCACAUCCUGCAUCUGGUCACCAUGGCUCACAUGGUGCAGAUCCUCCUGUCUUCUACAGAUUUCCCUGCAGUAGCAAGUGGAGACGAACCAGAGGAGGCGAGAGCAGCAGCAGAGCUGUGGCAUACAGUGUCCCAGCACACUGGAAGGCUGAUUCCAAAUGUGUCCGGCAGCUCUGUGGCAGAAAGAGUGAAAAGAGGAAUCGAACCUUUCCUGCGCUGUGCUGCUCUGUUUUUCAAUUGCCUUACAGGAGUACAUCCUCCAGAGGAGCUCUGGUCUGCUGCUGUUACCUCUCAAGGACAGAUGGAGGCACUGUGCAGCUACUUGGCAUUACCCUCCAGUCUGUUCCAGCUCUUCCAGGAGCACAGGGACCCUGUCACUCCACUGCUGCAGAGUUGGUGUGGGAGCCCAGCUGUAACCAAAGCCCUGCAUGGCAAAAUACAAACAGUCAGAUACCCCAGGAGAAGGAAUCGUUUGAUUGAUCUUCCAGAGGAUUACAGUGCUCUGCUCAAUCAAGCAAGCCAUUUUCAGUGUCCUAAGUCCACAGAUGAUGAAAGGAAGCAUCCAACCCUUUGUCUGUUUUGCGGAACCAUGCUGUGCUCUCAGAGCACCUGCUGUCUCAUCCAGCUGGAUGGGGAAGAUGUGGGAGCUUGCACUGCACAUGCUGCUACCUGUGGUGCUGGAGUGGGGAUGUUCCUCAGGAUAAGAGAGUGCGAAAUUGUAUUGAUGGCCAGUCGGACUCGAGGAAGCACAUACCCUGCUCCUUACCUGGACGAUUACGGGGAGACUGAUCCUCACCUUUUACGGGGCAAUCCAUUGCAUCUUUGCCCGGAGCGGUACAGGAAGCUGAACCAGCUGUGGCAGCAGCAUUGCAUCCUGGAAGAAAUCGCCCGCAGCCUAGAGGUGGUCAACGUUAUGUUUGCCUUUGAGUGGCAGUUGUUGUGAUUAUUGCUCCAGCUGUGGUGGCCGGGAAGUAAAGAGCACAGUAAAACGUACAGUCUUCUCCAGUGCUCCUGAGGCACACACACACACACACACACACACACACACACACACACAAAAUCCUUGUACAAUCAAAGGAGACUUGAGCAGCCAGUUCUACCCACUGAAUCCCCCACUGGAGUCAAGAGAAGUGAGACAGUCAAAAGAGGAAAAGGAGGAAGAUGAAAAAUAGUGGAAGGUGAUGGAUCACGAGUAAACCCAAGUCGCCUUGUUUUAAUUUGAUUCUCUGCUGUGCGAAUGAGUUUCUUCUAGAGCAAUGCUAUUUGCAAAGAGGCUCAUUCAAAUAAAGACAAAAAUCAGACACACAGUAACAUGUUUUUGUUUAUCAGUUUAUGUAUUUGAUUUCUUCACCUUGGUGAUGCUGUGAAUUUUUUUUGCAUUCUCUAUUUGUGUUAGAAGUUCAGAUUUGUCUUAAGUUAUAAUUACUGAAUUCCACUGUUUUGGAGGGUACACUUAUUUAGAAUGUAAAGGCAUGAUCAGAGAUCUUACACAUUUUUGUGUAGGCGGUCGAAAUGAUGGCCACAUCAUACGGUCACCUUUACUAAUAUUCUGUAUAUAGACACAUGUAUGCAUACAUAUAAUAUACAUUAUUUUCGAAGUUGCUUUAAAACAGAGUUGGUAUUCUAAGAGAAGUACCCAAUAAUCUGCUUCCGUAAUCUCCUGGUAUAAAUGCAUUUAAUAAUAAGCAGAUAUUUUGACACCAGGCUGAGGUUUUCUGAAUAUUUCAGCGAUGCAAAUUUUCCCUGAUCUUAAUAAUCAUCGAAUAAAUUAUGUGAAAACAUCUCUACCACACUACACGGUAUUAUGAGAUGGCCGGGGAAAAAAAAAAAAAUCCCACAAAGCCAAAUGUAUCCUGAUCAUCACAUACCCACUUUUAUGUAUGUAAUGAAUUAAAACUUAUUAAAGCGACCAUUGCUUUUUCCAUGUCACAUUUCGCCAUAUGGUACUGAUUAACCUCAUACAAAUUGAAGUUAAUAACAAAAAAAUUCUACUUCAGAAAAAAAAAAAUUGUGCUUUUAUUGAAAAAUAUUUAAGGUAGUUUAUGAUAUCUUUUCAGUUAUUCCAUUAUUGCUCAGCCUUUUCAGGAAAAAAGAAAAAGUGUGACCUUAACAUUUUCUCCUUUUUGUGUUGUUUGACAGUACUUCAUGACUUCCUGGCUGUGGAAAUAAAGACACUAGCCUCUGUACAGA